AUGCAUCCAUCGUCAACCGUCAGGCCUCAUGCAUCCAUCGUCAACCGACUUCCCUUUUCACCGCCGUCCCCCUCCCCCUCUCUCCAUACCUCUUCCAGCGACGACGACGACGACGACGAAACGAUGAGGUCCUUUGUUUGCACCGCCCUAUCCCUGGCGGUUGCCGGAACCCUCUCCCUCACAGAAGCGGCGCCCGGCACGAGAGGAAAAUGCACGGCCGGACCCCGGCUCACGCACUGGCCGUCGGACGUCGCCGCCGCGCUCAACAAGAUGAUCGCUCGGAACAAGAAUCAGGGUCGGUACGCCGUCUUCGACAUGGACAACACGAGCUACCAGUUCGACCUCGAGGAGUCGCUGCUGCCCUAUCUCGAGAACAAGGCGGUCAUCACGCGCGACAGCAUGGAUCCGUCCCUCAAGCUCAUCCCCUUCAAGGACUCGGCCGGGCACAAGGAGAGCCUGUACAGCUACUAUCAUCGCCUGUGCGAGAUCGACGAUGCCGUCUGCUAUCCGUUCGCCGCCCAGAUCUUCAGUGGCAUCCCGCUCCGCAAGCUCAAGGUGCACGUCGACGAGCUCAUGAAGCUCAAGGGCUCGGUGCCGACGACCCUGUACCAGGGCGAUACGGUCGUCAAGGUCGAGGUGCAACCGCCCAAGAUCUACAGGGGCCAGGUUGAGCUGUUCAACAAGCUCAGGAACAACGGCAUCGACGUCUACAUCGUGAGCGCCGCCUCGGAGGAGCUCGUCCGCAUGGUCGCCUCCGACCCCCAGUACGGCUACAACGUGACGGCCAAGAACGUCAUCGGCGUCACCCUGCUCAUGAAGAAACUCGCCACGGGCGAACUCACGUCGUCGCGCAAGCAGAUCGCCGCCGGCACCUACGACGAAAAGGCCAACCUCGACCUCCAGAUGACGCCCUACCUCUGGACCCCGGCCACUUGGAAGGCCGGCAAGUGGGCCGCCAUCAUGACCUACAUCGACGAGUGGGAGCCGCCCAUCCUCGCGGCCGGCGACACGCCCGACAGCGACGGGCCCAUGCUCUUCCGCGUCGACGUCGCGAGGGGCGGCAGACGUCUGUGGGUGAACCGCAAGGAGAAGUACAUGCGCCAGCUCGAGGGCAUGAUAGAAAAGGCAAAGGCCGAUCAGGAGCGCGAGGGGCUUCCCGUGACGGCUCACAUGAACUGGCUCGUUGUGAAGCCCGAGCAAAUUCUGUAG